AUGUCGUCGCUGCUUUGCUCUGCGUCUUCCUCGUCGAGUGGGGACCAGCUUUUGUCUCAAAAGAAAUCAUUUAAAAGCCAAACGAAGUCGUCGUCUGUUGGUGCGACGUCAUCAAACAAACAAAAACGACGGUUCACAAAUCUAAAGGCGAUCAUCGAUCCGAUGGAUAGAUCUUUCGACGAGUUCAUGGAUUCGCGAUCAUCCUCGGACGAUGGGUCCAUCCGGUGUUCCAUCGAUGGGGAUGAGUUUACCGUCAGUAAAGCAGAGAUGGAAGCGGAGCUUUUGAGAAAAAAAAUGGCCUCCAUGGGGGGCGAAAUGUUGAGGGACCCGAAAGAUUUCGUUUCGACGCGUGGACAACGCGUGCAAUGUGGAGUACACUUUGGGAUUUGCUCGUUGUUAGCGAUGAGAGGAGUGUACUUGGACGCGAUUGUGAUGGAUGGCGACGUCGGCGCGAUCGCGGCGAGAGCGUUUGCGACGCUGUUCGCGAGUUACGCGCUGGCCGAUUUAGGUACCGGGAUUUUCCACUGGUCGGUGGAUAACUACGGAGAUAAGAACACUCCCGUGGCUGGAAAUGUCAUCGACGCCUUUCAAGGGCACCAUCGAUGGCCGUGGACGAUUACCAAGAGACAAUGGGCGAACAACAUUCAUAAAACGUGCAUCGCACCUUUGUUAUUUACGGUGCCGCAGUUGUUGGUGUUUGGCGGCAGCGAUAUGCAAGGAAGUGGUGAUAGCGAUUUGUUUUUCGGGUCGUUUUGGGCGUUGGUGGUGUUGUCUCAACAAACCCACGCGUGGGCGCACAUGAAACCGAGCGAACAACCGAAAAUUGUGACCAAGUUGCAAGACAUGAACUUGAUGCUGACGAGGAAAGACCACGGCGCGCACCACAGGUCGCCGUUUGAAGGACACUAUUGCAUCGUCAACGGUUGGUGGAAUCCAUUGUUGGACGAUUCUCGCUUUUUUCGUAAGUUAGAGAGAAUGAUAUACGAGGGAACUGGAGUGGCGCCGAGGUGCUGGACGGAGGAUGAUUUCGAGGUGGAGGAAGACGCGCCGGAUGGGUUUGGCCAAGGCGUACUCUAG